AUGAGCCGCCCUGGGCUCCUCCUGGCCCCGGCGCUGGCGCUGCUGGUUCUGGGGGCCGGGGGGGCUCCGAGCACCGCGGGGACCCCGGGGCGGCUCCCGGAGGACGCGGAGCAGGAGCACGGCUACUACCUCCGGCAGCUGUUCGGGGCGUACGGCGAGAACGGAACGCUGCCCUCCGAGGGGCUGGCACGGCUGCUGGGCAGCCUCGGGCUGGGCAGGGUGCAGGUGGUGCAGAUCCAGCAUGAGGAGCUCGGCCACGGCCACGUCAGCCACCUGGACCUGCUGGAGGUGCAGCAGGACAAGCACCGGCACCGGCACCCGCUGUGGGAGCACGGUGGGGAAGCGGCUCCGAGCACCGGCGGAACCUUCAGGUACCCGGUGGGACCCUUCAGGUACCGGUGGGACCCCUCAGGUACUGCUGAGACCUCCUCAGGUACCACUGGGACCCCUCAGGUUCUGGGGGGACCCUUCAGGUACCGGUGGGACCCCUCAGGUACUGGUGGGACCCCUCAGGUUCUGGGGGAACCCCUCAGCCCCCCGCCCUCCCAGCCGCCGAGCGGGCCCCAGGCGGUGCCCACCGAGCCCCCCGGUGCCGCGGGGGUCCCCCGGGAGUACCGACCCAGCCUGAGCCUGCUGGGGAGGGUGCUGGGCUUGGAGCACUCCAGCGCCGACCACCCGCACGAUGAUUGCCUGAACGUGACGCAGCUGCUGGGGAAUUUCGGGCUGGAUUCGGUGGCGCAGCUGACACCGGAGCAGUUCACGCUGCUCUGCCCGGCGCUGCUCUACCAGAUCGACAGCCGCGUCUGCAUCCGGCACCGCGAUGAGGUGACGCUGCCUCCCCCGGGGGGGGCCCUGUGGCCAGCUCUGGGCUGGGCGCUGCUGGCCGUGCUCUCGGUGAGCCUCCCGUCCGUCCUGGCCGUGCUGCUGCUCCCGCUGCGCGCCCGCGGCUCCUUCCGCUCCGUCCUGGCCUUCCUGGUGGCGCUGGCCGUGGGGACGCUCUGCGGGGACGCGCUGCUGCACCUCUGGCCGCACGCGCAGGGGAGGCACCCGGAGGCUCCGGGGGACCCGAGCCCGGCGGUGCUGCAGGGGCUGGCGGUGCUGGGGGGCAUCUACGCGCUCUUCGUGCUGGAGCUGCUCCUGGCGAUGCUGCGGCGCCGCCGGGAGGCCACGGGACGCCCCCAUGGAGAGACCCCCGACCUGGCACCGUCACGGGCAGGGACCGAGCUGCGGCCGCUGGCGGCGCCGGAGGCGGAGCUGGAGCCGAGACCCCCGGGACUCCCCCACGGGCACUCGCACGGCCCCGCGCUGCCCCCCGGGCCCGGCGCCGCCGACAUCGUGUGGAUGGUGGUGCUGGGGGACGGCGUGCACAACCUGAGCGACGGGCUGGCCAUCGGAGCCGCCUUCUCCCACAGCCUCUCCAGCGGGCUCAGCACUGCCCUGGCCGUGCUCUGCCACGAGCUGCCCCACGAGCUGGGUGACCUGGCGGUGCUGCUGAGGGCGGGCGCGGCCCCGCGCUCCCUCCUGCUCCUCAACCUCCUCUCGGCGCUGCUCUCCUGCCUGGGCGUGGUGGCCGGGGUCGCCCUGGGCCACAGCGGGACCCCCCUCGCCCCCUGGCUCCUCACGGCCACCGCCGGCAUCUUCCUCUACGUGGCCCUGGCCGACAUGCUCCCCGAGGCUCUGCGAGGCUCCGGCGAGGGCACCUGGGGCCGUUUCGUGCUGCAGAACGCGGGGUUCCUGCUGGGCGCUGGCAUCAUGCUGGGCAUCGCCCUGGCCGAGGGGCACCUGCGCUCCUGGCUGCAGCCCUGA